GCUCACGGCUGUCUGCAAUGGCAGUGCAAUGGGUAUCAAAGGCAUAUACCAAGAGAUCGGACGCGGCCGCCGCGUAGCGCUCUCCAAGUUCGCCGCCGACACAUUCGAGCAAACCGGGAGGCCUUUGCGCAUCGCAGUCGACGUGUCGAUAUGGCUCUUCCAGAUUCAGGCCAGUAAAGGCGGCACGAACCCCGCGCUGCGUACAUUCUACUAUCGCCUCCUACGCCUCAUAGCGCUGAACAUACACCCCAUCUUCGUUUUUGAUGGGCCCAACAAGCCCCCGUUCAAGCGCAACAAGAAAACAGGGGGGCCUGGUGUUAGCGUUGCAUCCAUACCCGAAUUCCUAGCGAAGCAGCUCCUCAAGCAGUUUGGUUUUCCUUUGCACCUUGCGCCAGGCGAAGCAGAGGCUGAAUGCGCACUGCUACAGAGAGAAGGCAUCGUGGACGCCGUGCUCAGCGAGGAUGUCGACACGCUCAUGUUUGGCAGCGGUGUGACCAUUAGGAAUUGGUCACCCGAGCAGAAGUCAAGCAAGACACCUACCCAUGUUAACGUAUACGAUGCAGUUGAGACAAAAAAUGGGCCUUCCGGUCUGGAUCGCGAAGGCAUGAUAUUGGUCGCUCUCAUGAGCGGCGGCGACUACGUCCCGGAAGGUAUUCCUGGCUGUGGCCCUAAAAAGGCCUGCGAGGCAGCAAGAGCCGGGUUCGGGAGAGAUUUGUGCAGGUUGGCAAGGAAUGACGCCCAGGGUUUGCGAGACUGGCGAGAGCGGCUGCAGCACGAAAUCAAGACAAAUGAGAGCAAAUUCUUUGCCCAAAAGCGCCCCAGCCUGGUCAUUCCCGAUACAUUCCCUCGAACCGAUAUUCUUGGCUAUUAUACCUACCCCGCCGUCUCCAACCAGGCCGGUCUGGACAGGCUCAGAAGUGCCAUCAAAUGGGAUCAGGAUCUUGACUUGCAAGGAUUGCGCAGCUUCACAUGCGAUGCGUUUGACUGGGCAAAGCUCGAAGGUGCAAAACACUUCAUCCGUAGCCUGGCUCCAUCACUACUAGUACGCCAUCUUCGAAUGAGAGGAGAGCAGAACGAAAGAUCUCCCUGCAAAAAUCUUCAAGCUAUCCAGGAAGACGAAGCGCUUCUUGUCAAGGGUAUCCACGGGAAGCGGCAGCAUGUUGUAACAGACGGCAGCACUGAGCUGCGUGUGAGCUUCACACCAAUUGAGCUCGUCAAGAUUGAUCUGAGCAUCGAAGAACCAGACGAUGAGGUGGAUAUCCCACUAGCGUCCGAAGCUGACCUGGAUGAGGAAAUACCGAUCGAAGGCGACGAUGAAGCAGGAGGUCCCUCAAAACGAGGGCCAACAAAGUUCGACCCCAGCAAACCUGCAAGGGUAUGGGUUUUCGAGACGUAUGUGAAAGUCGGCGUACCACUCAAGGUUCAAGAUUGGGAGGCAGAACGGCAGAGACCGCUGCGAUCGAAACGAACAGCUUCAACAAACGAUGCCAGCACGACAGCGACCAAAUCGAUAGGGGGCAGACGAACGAGGGCCGCCGGCAGUGCACACCAAAUUUCCAUUCAGAACUUUGCAAAGGUGACAAAGCCUGGCGUCAAGACUACGCGAGUAUCUUCAAAAUCUCAAGCCACUGCCGUAUGUCAGCCUGCAACAAGUACUGAUAUUGUCAUCAGCCUUCUCUCACCUUCACCUGUGAGAGUGAGAGGAUCCAGCCAGCCACGAUCUACCCGGGAGAGAUCACUCUCACCGCUCGUGGAGUUACCAUCUAGUGUCACCAAAAGGAGACGAAAGCCAAUGCAGCGCGCACAUACCCUUCCCUCCAGUCCUGUUAUCAGUCUUGAAAGAGUGAAUUGGCCAUACCCAGGUGCAAUAGAGACUUUGGAUUUGGUGGAUGCACAUCCAAUCGCAUUGCCUUCGCAGACUCUCGCAAAGAAACUCAAGACGCAACAAGUGAAAGAAUCCGCAAUCUCUCAAUCCACACUUUCAAGAACGGUGACAGCCUCUCCUGCGAAAACAAGGCAAACAACACUGGAUGGUUGGGGUUCACCGGGCAACUCACCCAGCAAGUCUAAGUUCAGGAACAAGGCUCUUCCACCCGAUUCAGCGCCUGAACCUUGUCCGUUGCGCUUCAAGAUAGCAGAAGGGGACAUGGAGACUCUUGAUCUCACGCUAUCCUCACCGUUGGCACUGUCUUCAGUAGCAGCAACAGUGCCUAAGGACUCAAAAAGAGUUUCACGUCGCCCACCAUUGACAUCCCUGUCAUCAAACACUUCAAAUGCGUCGUCAUCCACCAUGGCGGACACUUCGCCCGACGCUAAACCGAGAAUCACAGCAAAGUCACUACGAAGAACUUCUCCUCGGCUCCAAAGGUCACGAUCAGUGUCAACGGAAUUCGAAUCUCUCGAUAUGACGGAGAUUUCAUCGCUCCCGUCUGGCGGUAAAUCUGCCUUACCACAGGUACAGAACGAAAUGGAUUCAGCCGUUCGACGAUCACCCCGUGCGCACACAUCUAAGAGGCCGGACCCUCCGGCAAAAAUGACAUCCCCUUCAGCAGCGUGGAAGACUCAAGUGAAGAAAAAGCGUGAAGUGAUAUUGAGGCAAAGUUUAGCAGGCGCGUGGAGCUUUGUAGACGUAGAGACCCCAGCGAAAGCUGCCGCCGGUUACGUGAAGUCCUUAAAAGGCGAUGAAAGAAAAAGGUGGCGAGAAAGUGAGAUCGAAUUCCUCGACCUUUGCUAGUGAGGCAUCUCCUGUGGGGAUGGGGAUUUUGUUGGGGCUUCUUGUAUAUUCUUGCUUUCUUAUGCAUAGCGGACGGCGUUAGUCUUUGCACAUAGCAAGCACGACCCAACUCCAUACGCACCCAUGUGCUACUCGGAAUGAGUUUCAGUGGUUCCAUG